CGGAAGAGGAGGAAAGGGGACUCAUGGCAGCUAUGGUUUGCAGUGUUCUAGGGAGGAAAAAGUUGACAAGCUUGGUAGCGGCUUCUGUCUGUUUCACGCAUCCUGGCACUCACUCAGUGCCGUGGAGCAGAGGUUGUUCACAGUAUAAACAGGUAACCAGCAAUGAGGACAUGCCUGUUGCGAUGGAAAAUCCUUAUAAGGAGCCUCUUAAGAAAUGUAUCUUGUGUGGAAAACGUGUAGAUUAUAAGAAUGUACAGCUUUUGUCCCAGUUUAUUUCUCCAUUUACUGGAUGCAUUUAUGGAAGGCACAUAACAGGUCUUUGUGGGAAGAAACAGAAAGAAAUCACAAAAGCGAUUAAAAGAGCUCAAAUAAUGGGGUUUAUGCCAGUUACAUAUAAGGAUCCUGCAUAUCUCAAAGACCCUAAAGUUUGCAACAUCAAGUAUCGGGAAUAAGUGAUACGUUACUACCAAUAAACUUAUUUUACAGUAAAAAAAAAAAAAAAAAAAA